AUGAAACUGGAAAAGAGAGAAAUUCCCGAGGGUAGCAGACAAACAAUAGAAGAAAAAGAUAGUUUGAUGGAAGAUUUAUUUGACAAAACUUCUGAAAGACUCCAAGCUGAAAUAAUUCAUGAAACUGAUACCCCUCAUACACAGGAUCUCAAGGUCUUACGAGCCAAGCGCUUAGCUUACUAUGGAAGGACAAAGACUGUCUGUAGUAGUACUGGCAAUACACCAAGUUCAAAAUCUUCUGGUGCAGAAGGUUUGCACUCUGUUGUGAACAUUAAAGAAAAAGAUCAGACUUCCCCAUCAAAUAGCCCUCAGCAACUUAAUGAUGCAACAAAUGGAAAGAAACUUCUAAUUCAGAAAUCCUCUGGAAUGAUAUGUCAAGAAGAACAACAAGCAACUAUCACAGAGCCAGAAAUGCAGAGAAAAUAUAUGGGUCAGAACUGCAUUUUAGAAUUGGAUCACAGACUGCUGGAGGAUGUGUCUGUGCCAGAGACACAAAAACUCAAACAUGUUGUGAGCUGGGCACAAUUCUUCCUUAGUAACACUCAUGAAGAGGAUAAUGCACUGAAAAAUUCUCGGUCAUCCCAGGGACUUAUCUUUUCUCAUGGCAAAGAAAUUGAAAUAGUGCCAGAUAGCAAGAGGAAAGAAACUAGUAGCUCAGGUAGUUUUUUCUUUGAGCUGGGAGAUGGUAUUGACUUCAGUGCCCAUGGUAAUACUUGCAAAAGCUCCAGGCUUCAUGCAGUUUCAGAGCACGUAGAUAACUUGGAAGGAGCAGAAGAAUGCACGUCUCCUGAUUUAUUAAGAGAAAGCACAUUAUCCACUGAAAACAAGUGUUACUCUAACAUUUGUAUUAGCAGGGAAAUAGAGACAAUAACCAUGGAUAUGAGGGCAAGAAGAGAUCCUGCGAUCUCCCAGUCUGGCCAACUUGCAGUUGCAUACCAAACCCACAACAGCAAAGACAAAUAUUUUCAAAAUAUUAGCAAGAUAGCUGUGUCAUCAGAGAUACUUUGUAUCCAGCCACAUCCUUUUGACAGUUGUUCAAGUAAAACUGUAAAUGUUCUUCAUGAAAAUACUGCCACUUGCUUUUGGCCGCCUCUAAGUGAUAGUUCAGAUGAGGAAUGUACAGACAGAAUUGUGAAGACAAGGGAACCAAGUAAGUGUUAUGCUGAGAUUGAGGGACACAAAAACCCUACAUGCAGUAUUCUUCCACCCAAAGGAGAAAAAAUUAAACAUUUGGGUUCGGAUGUGCUGGAAGGCAGUAAUACCUUCCUGAAGAGGAAGAAUGACAGCAGUGGAAAAUGGACUAAAGGAGAAAAGUGUGCGUUAAAGAAUCAAGAAAGGGAUAACCAGAAGGAUUUCAUCUUGGUUUUAAAGGCUGAAAACUCCAAAGAAAGCAAGGUUAUUACAGAUCAUUUCCAGGAACAGGCUGGAAAGAGUUGCAACCUCUCCUCUACUGAGUCUCAGAAAAGAAAAGAUGACCUUGAAGAGCUCAUGUUAAAUUUUACAUUUUUGAAGAGAGAGAGGGAUCAGAGAGAUCAGCCAACAUCCGAGCAUGAAGAAGGGGGUGACAGGACUUUUGAGGUGAGAAAACAUGUUGGAGAAGAACAAACAAACAGUAUUUUCAGUGGAGCAAGUUCUGUAAAGAAUACAGAUAUGGCCUGCAAGAGAGAACAAACAAAAAUAGAGCUAAAACUCUCUAGGAAGGAUCAGGCUAUGCAAAAUAGUAAUCAUUUUCUGAAUUUAUUAGUGAAUUCUCCUGAAAACCCUCCAUAUUUUAAAGUUUGCCCUGAUUGUGCAAGCCUCAAUUAUCCACACGUAAACUGUUGCAACAGAUGUGACUGUGCUUUGUUAACUGGACUAAUACAGUCCAGGGAAGACAAUAUGGAACCUAAAUGCAAGAUGACCCGUGGUAAUGUGAUGAAUGAACAGAACAGGUGUUUUUUCAAUCCAGUCAUCAAAUCUGAACAAGUCUUGGAAAGCAGCUCAGAAGUAUCCCCCAAAACAAGCAAAAAUAGUGAUGAUGGCAAAGAGUUCUGCUGGGAGGAUGAACCACUAUUAAAUUCAGACCGUGAUAUAGGUGUUUUGGAAAAAUAUUAUUUUUAUUUGAAUUAUCUGAAUAAAACUACAAGUCUUCAUCCCAGAGAGGGACAGGAGUCUUUCCCUUUCCAAGAAUUGAAUGGCUUUUCUAAAGAACAAAGGUUUGCCAAAUGUCUCAAAAGUAAGGUGGUUGAACAAAGGGAGGCGGAAGAAACUAACAGUGAUUGUAGAGAUUUUGAACUAAACUGUGUUAGUUCAGACUGUAAGUAUUCUGAACUAAACAGAAACGCUGAUGCAAUAGAGCAAGAGAAAAGCCAAGUUGAAGAGCUAAAAAUGCUUGAAAGAGAAUCUGCUUCAGAAAGUGACUCUCCCAGUAAAAUAAAGGAGAAGAAAAACAGCCAAGUAUUAAUAGAUAAGAAACUCUCAGAAACCAAAAGCAUUAGAAUGGAAGUAACUGGUUCUAAGAGGCAUUGGGAGAAAUCCAGCAUUGCAUGGUCUUCAUAUUCACAUGGAGAACUGAAAUCAAGUUCACAUUGUAUACAAAGACCCGUUUCAGCUGGUGUGGGCAAGAAGAGGGUCAGUGAUUUGUCUCAGAGUAUUCAACUUUCAGGUACUUAAUCAACAAGUAGCAAAUAAAGUAGUGAGCAUGUCUACACAUGCAUAUUAAUACAUGUGAAUAAACUCUGGAGCUUAUUGCCUGGGAGCUUAUUGCUCCUGGGCAUACAUCUUUACAUGUGCC